GACAACAAAUAUGGCGGAGAGGAGCAGGACGGCAGAGACGGGCAGUGCCAUGGGAAGUGAUGAUAUCAUAGCAGGGAACGUGAGCAAGUACAUUGUUCUCCCAGCUGGUUACUGUGGGCAGCCCAAAAAAGGACAUCUUAUAUUUGAUGCCUGUUUUGAAAGUGGGAACCUUGGCAGGGUGGACCACGUCUCAGAGUUUGAGUAUGACCUCUUCAUCAGGCCAGACACCUGCAACCCUCGCUUCCGAGUCUGGUUCAACUUCACCGUGGAAAACGUGAAGGAAUCACAGCAGGUAUCAGCAGGAGUGGGUAUGACCAUGCUUUUCAGCUAUCCAAGACAGGAGAGAGUAAUUUUCAAUGUUGUCAACUUCAGUAAAACAAAAAGCCUCUACAGAGAUGGGAUGGCUCCAAUGGUGAAAUCCACAAGCCGACCAAAAUGGCAAAGAAUCCCCUCCAAAAACGUGUAUUACUACCGCUGCCCAGACCACAGGAAGAACUAUGUCAUGUCCUUUGCUUUCUGCUUCGACCGAGAGGACGACACCUACCAGUUUGCCUACUGCUACCCCUACACCUACACUCGCCUGCAGCACUACCUGGACACCCUCCAGAGGAGGAACAUGGACUACUUCUGCAGGGAAUUGCUGGGGCUCAGCGUGCAGAAGCGGCGGCUUGACCUCCUGACAAUAACCAGCCCCGCAAACCUGUGUCCAGGGGCUGAACAGAAGGUGGUGUUCAUCACAGCACGGGUCCAUCCUGGGGAAACUCCCUCUUCCUUCGUCUGCCAAGGUAUAAUUGAUUUCCUCGUGAGCCACCAUCCAAUUGCAAAAGUACUGAGAGACCACCUGGUGUUCAAGAUUGCUCCCAUGCUCAAUCCUGAUGGAGUUUACCUAGGAAAUUACAGGUGCUCCCUGCUGGGCUUCGACCUGAACCGGCACUGGGCCAAUCCCUCUCCGUGGGCUCACCCCACCCUGCACGGGGUGAAGGAGCUCAUCAUCGACAUGUACAACAACCCGAAGAUUAACCUGGAGUUCUAUAUCGACAUCCAUGCCCACUCCACCAUGAUGAAUGGCUUCAUGUAUGGGAACAUCUUCGAGGAUGAGGAAAGAUUUCAGAGACAGGCUGUUUUUCCCAAGCUACUCUGUCAGAAUGCUGAAGACUUCUCUUAUUCCAGCACGUCGUUCAACAGAGACGCUGUGAAGGCUGGGACAGGCCGGCGCUUCCUGGGAGGGCUCCUCAAUGACACAUCCUACUGCUACACUCUGGAGGUCUCCUUCUACAGCUACAUCCUGGCUGGAGCUGCUCCUGCUGUGCCCUACACUGAAGAAGCCUAUAUGAAGCUUGGAAGAAAUGUGGCCAGGACAUUCUUGGAUUACUACAGGCUGAACUCCUUGGUGGAGGGACCACUCGCACCGACUCCUAAAACUCGGAAGGACAAUGUGCCACCCUAUAAAUGCACUGCCCAGCGGGGCCCAGGGAACAGCCACGCUGGAGGAAAACCCGAGAAGAGGAGCCUGAAGGACUCAUCUGUGUCCACACGCUGAGAGAGGAGAGGAGAGGAGAGGAGAGGAGAGGAGAGGAGAGGAGAGGAGAGGAGAGCUGUAGGGCAAGGUGGAGGAACACGUCGCAGUCAGGAAUCGAUGAUGUUUCUCUUUUUUUUUCCCUCAGACAAAUAUUUCUAAGAUAACAAAUAGUCCAAGGAGCAAAGAGGCAGAGGGAAAUUAGCUAGAAAUUUUACUAUUGAUUCUUUUUUAUUUAUAGAUGGUGAAUCAAUUUCAGGGGUUUUUUUUUGGUUCUUUUUCCCUCUCUGUGAGGGGGAAAAAAAGAGUGAACUGAUAGAUUUGCAGAAAUCAUUUGUGGUGUCUGAAAAGCUAUUUGUUAAAAUGAGAAAGCCUCUCCUUCCUCCACUAGUCCCCUUCUCUCUCUUUAAAGGGGUAAUCCAUACAAUGAGCUAAUGAGGGAGUCCUGGCUUCUCUACUGCACCAUCUGAUGUCUCCCCUUUUAGUGCUGGGCUCAGAAGCCCUUAUGCCUACUGCAUGUGCUAGUCCUGUUAGCUUGCAUUAAGAGAGCCUGAUAAAUAGCUUCUGGGAGCCAGGCAGGUGCUCCUCAGUGUGCAGUUUAUCAUCCACUGCAUGGCUGGGUUUUUUGCUCUUCUAUCAGAUCAUUUGAGGAGAGGGGUCGUGUGAGAAAUGGGACUGUCAGCCUGCAGCAUGAAACUUGCUGUGAGACCUGUCCAACAGGCAGGGACAGUGGUCCUCCAUCAAAAACUGGGGUCUAGAAAGACCAGACUAGCCAAGAGAUGUAUGACUG